UUAUGCUGCCUGUUUUAAGCGGACCUCUGAUACAUUACACUCGUACUGCAACUAAAGAUUUUGCCGAUAGCUCAUCGAGGCUUGAAUGCAAAAAGCACUUGAAUGAAGGAGAGACCCGAAAGUAGUAAGCGGUGUUAAAGCAACCUCACCGGCAAAUCAUUUUCCAACAUGAAGGCAUUUCAGUUCUUUACGGUCAUCGCUUCGCUAGCGGCUUCGUCGCCAGGUCAAGCUGAAGAUUUGGAAGUAGACUGCCACCAGCAAUCAAAACCCGAUGACUCCUCCAACGCUUUAGCUCACCCGGUACAGUUCGCCUUCCGCACAGACAAACUGACCAAAACAGAAUGCCUGACGUACGUCGCUUUACGCCGUAACGCGACUCUGUGCAGUCCAGUCCUACUGGCGAGGCAAUGCAAUGAGGAAGCGAAAGACGCCUUAUUACUCCAUUCAAUGUCCAGAACCUAUCUGGAAGGCGGUUGCUCCUGGGAGAAUCGAGCAUUCUUUACUCAAUUGACCAAAAACAUUAGCCUAAUCAGUCCAAACCGCGCUGUGACGUUAGCACUUAAGGAAAGAGAAAAUGCGGACGAUCCUCUACAUUACGAUGUUUUUGACCCAGUGCGUCAUCACCUAAUUGAGUUGACGAUACUGAAGUGCGUCACCCCGACCACCACCAACAAAAUCUACGAGGCCGGGCUGUUGCCAAAUGUGGUAACGUUGCGCUUGGAUGAAUGCUCCAAUAUGGUUAUUAGGAAGCGCGAUUUUUCGCUUGUUUCGCAAGUGCGGAUGAUCACUUUCCAGUUAUGCACCAUCGCAGCGAUGGAACCGUACACUUUUAGCGAUUUACUGCAUUUGGCUAGUCUGGUGUUGGAGAGCGGAAUUGGGUAUGAACUCUACAAAAUUCAUGAAGAUCCUGAUGAAAUUCGUCGUGAGCUGUUGGGUAAACUGACCGACGCGGACAUUGCGAAAGUGCACCGUUUUCACUGUGACUGCUCCUUCUCCUGGUUCCGCAACUUCCUCAAACACAAACCGGAUUUGACGGCCAGCAAGCGAAAAGGCGAGGUAGCCAUUAUUGGGAACUAUAUGACGGCAUUUGUUAAUACGGAUCCCUUUUGGCCCGAUGUUCUCAGUGUGGAUUGUGCCCGGAAUUUGUCGUACGAGAGCGCGCGUAUGGGGAAACUGUUUUCCUACAACACAUCGUGCAAUACACCGUGUUAAUUUUUAUAUCUGGAAUUACAUACGUUAAGCUGCAUUCUGUGCAAGGGGUGGCAUUUCAAAAGGUUUUAAAGGGGGGAAUUUCGACCCUGUUGCUACAGUAGUUAUCAAAACUCCUCGUCCGAAAACGAAGUUCAGUUUUCAUGAUAAUAUUAUAUGUGCUAUGACAGUUUUCCAAUUCACUGGCAGAUCAUUUACAACGAACGAAUAUCUAAUUUUUCAGUUGCUUAAGGAAUAGUCGUGUCAGUUAAACUUGGUCGACUUGACAUUCUUUUCUCACUCUUUUGGACUCCAUGUUAGUUAAAUGAGGCGGAAGGUAAUCACGUGUUUAUUGGCGAAUAUACACAUUACUAAAUAUUUACCUCGAUAAAUUACUA